AUGAAGUUCAGCAACAUCCUGUCCAUUGGCCUUCUGGUCGUGUCGCCCCUAGCUGCGGCUUGGAGCAAGGAGGAUCGCGAGAUUUUCCGUAUUCGCGACGAGAUCAAGGCUCAUGAAGCCAACCCCGAACAGACCUUCUACGACCUCCUUGGCGUCAAGAAUAGUGCUUCCAUCGACGAGAUCACCAAGGCCUACCGCAAGAUCUCUCGCACUCUCCACCCUGAUAAAGUCCGCCAACAGCUCAUCGCCGAGCGCACCAAGGCUAAGAAGAAGGAGAAGAAGGCCCCCGGCGUCAAUGUGUCCAAGCCUCCCACUCAGAAGGAGAUUAAGGCCGCUGUCAAGAUUGCUUCGGACCGUCAGGCCCGCCUCGGCCUCGUACGCAACAUCAUCAGCGGCCCCGAUCGCGACCGCUACGACCACUUCCUGAAAAAUGGCUUCCCGGCCUGGAAGGGCACCAAUUAUUAUUACAACCGGUACCGCCCCGGCCUGGGCACUGUGCUCUUUGGUGUCUUCCUUGUUGCUGGAGGUGCCUUCCACUACAUCGCUCUAUUCAUGUCCUGGAAGCGUCAGAAGGAUUUUGUCGAACGCUACAUCAAAUUCGCGCGCAAUGCCGCGUGGGGAGACAACCUGAACAUCCCUGGCAUCGACGACUCCCCCGCCCCUGCUCCUGCCUCACCUGCCGCCGAUGAUGAGGAGGGCCCCCAGCUGCCUAGAAACCGCAAGGAGAGACGUAUGCAGGAACAGAUGGCUCGCAGAGAGGCCGCCAAAGAGCGCGGAGGUCGAUCCCGCAAGCCGGCUCCCGCCGCCCGCAGCACCAGCGGCAGCGGCAGCGCCACCCCCCGGGAGACGGCUGCGCAGACCGGCCAGACCGGUCCCACCGGCUCGAAGAAGCGCGUCGUCGCCGAGAAUGGCAAGAUCCUUGUGGUUGAUUCAAUCGGCGAUGUCUACCUCGAGGAGCAGGAUGAGGACGGCAACACCGAGCAGUACCUCCUUGAUGUAUGUGUCCAGAAUGCAAGCUAA